AUGCGGGAUCGAAAAAGAAUGGGCUACUCUUGUUAUAAUACUUCACUUCGUUCAGCUAGGGAGGAAAUUCGCAAAAUCAAGAAUUGUAGAAUAAAGCCUAAAUUACUCAGUAGCAAGGCACCUCACAAUGCGGUGCUUGAAGCACUUCGAAAAUCGACAUGGGUCCAAUUUGUUUGCCACGGGCUCUUACAGUCAAAGCCUUUUGAUUCGUCAUUCAAGGUGUCUGACCGCCAGUUGACGUUGCUCGAUAUUGUCCAAGCGAAUCUGCCGAAUGCAGAGUUCGCAUACCUUUCUGCCUGCCAUACUGCCGAACAGCCUUACGAUGGUGCGCAUGAUGAAGUACUUCACCUGGCUGCAGCAAUGCAGUUUUCUGGGUUCCGAAGCGUAAUUGGUUCGAUGUGGGAGCUACUCGAUGUAGAUGGGCCCUUCUUUGCCAGAACGGUUUAUGAGUACAUGUGUGAUUGCGAUGAGGGUGAGGCAAGGUACAAGCGGGCGGCUGCUGGCCUUCGCGAAGCAGCUGUAGCACUUAAAGGAUAA